GCUUUACGAAGGCGAAUUGAACGUCCAACUCUCCACUCCGACCCUCCAUCCCAUUCGAGGCGAUUGCAAUGCCACUGCCCGUCAAUCUCACGCGUCUGACGGGCCACACGGCCAAGCGGCUGUGUAUGCGGCCUACACGCACACCUGUCGCUUUACCACGGUCCUUCGCCCGAACUCUCUCAUCUACUCCAAGGCGGCAUUAUGCCACAGCGGAAGAUGCAGCCCCUCAGAGGACUAGACUCAUCCCAGUCGACGAGUCUUUCUCUAUGCCCAUCGACCAGAGCAACCCACAGCAUAUGAAUGCUGCAACAGACGAAGCGGACAGCCCCAAGGAACGCAAAAUCCGCCACUACACUGUCAAUUUCGGUCCACAACAUCCUGCAGCUCACGGCGUGCUGAGAUUGAUUCUCGAACUCAAUGGUGAAGAGAUUGUGCGAGCCGAUCCUCACGUCGGUCUGCUGCAUCGAGGCACCGAAAAGCUCAUAGAAUACCGCACUUAUUUGCAGGCUCUACCAUACUUCGACCGCUUCGACUAUGUCAGCAUGAUGACAAACGAGCAGUGUUUCUCACUUGCGGUCGAGAAACUGCUCAAUAUUGAGAUUCCGGAGCGUGCCAAGUGGAUACGGACAAUGUUCGCCGAGAUCACCCGCAUUCUCAACCAUCUCAUGUCCGUCUUGUCGCACGCAAUGGACGUCGGUGCUCUUACUCCAUUCUUGUGGGGCUUCGAGGAGCGAGAGAAACUCAUGGAAUUCUAUGAACGUGUUUCCGGUGCCCGUCUUCAUGCUGCCUACGUCCGUCCAGGUGGUGUCUCGCAGGAUAUUCCACUAGGCUUGCUCGAUGAUAUCUACCAGUGGGCUACCCAAUUUGGAGAUCGCAUCGACGAGACUGAGGAACUUCUCACGGACAACCGCAUUUGGAUCGGUCGUACCAAAGGUAUUGGUGUUGUCUCGGCAGCUGAAGCUCUCAACUAUGGUUUCACCGGUGUCAUGUUGCGAGGGUCGGGUGUCCCAUGGGACAUUCGCAAGUCUCAGCCCUAUGACGCAUAUGGCGAAGUCGAAUUCGAUGUCCCGGUUGGUGUCAACGGUGAUUGUUAUGACCGAUACUUGUGCCGCAUGGAGGAGUUUAGGCAGUCGCUACGUAUUAUUCAUCAGUGCCUAAACAAGAUGCCGACUGGGCCGGUCAAGGUUGAGGACUACAAGAUCGCACCACCACCGCGCGCAGCGAUGAAGGAGAACAUGGAGGCUCUAAUCCACCAUUUCCUGCUAUUCAGCAAGGGCUAUGCUGUUCCACCUGGUGAAACGUACUCAGCCAUCGAAGCUCCCAAAGGUGAAAUGGGUGUCUUCUUGGUGAGUGACGGCAGCGAACGCCCAUACAGAUGCAAGGUUCGCGCUCCAGGCUUUGCCCAUCUAGGUUGUUUCGAUCAGAUCUCAAGAGGUCAUCUCUUGGCCGAUGCAGUUGCCAUUAUCGGAACAAUGGACCUCGUGUUUGGUGAGGUCGACCGGUGAUUUCGUCUCGAUGUGCAGUGAAGGAGGAGGUAACUAGCGUGCAACAAAAUACUGGAGUGGCUGCAUAAACACAGGAGGGCUGCAUCUAGAUUGAAACUAGAAGAUAUUGGUAGCUUGAGGCGUCUGUCGCUACACGCCGCUCUGAUGUAUAUACUGUAGCAAAAUUUAUUUUGUCUAAGCCUAA